GGGCGGCAGCGGCAAAGCUGCGGGGGACCGACCCGUUCCGCUCCACGCUCCUUUAUCCGGGGGAGCGGUGCCCCAUCCCGGCGCCGGGCUGAGGCCGCCGGGCCGCCCCUCCAGGCUUGGCCCAUCCCGCCGCGGGGGGCGGCGCGGGCGCGCGGCGGCGGGCGGGGACCCCUCGGUCCCCCGGGGCGAGCGCGGAGGCGGAGAGGCGCUGCGCUGCUUCCCGCACCUCUCCGGGACCCGCCUCGGUCCCCCCGCUCCGGGGAGUCUCGGGAGGAGGGGGGUCCCGCCCAGCGCUUGCAAACCGGAGUAUUCCCGGCUGUCCGAGCAUCCCCGGCGGAGCGCAGAGUGCAGUAUUAUGCAAUGAAGGGAGAACAUGUCAAGGGAGAAAGAGAUAAGCUGGAGAGGGAAGGGAAGAUUUUAAACAAGUGCACAAGAUGUUGCUAUGAGGAAAGGAGUCAGCAAUGACUGAUGUGGAGCCUGUGGUCACUGAUUUUGCAGCAUCAGGACGGGCAGGCCGCCGGAACGCCUUACCAGAUAUUCUGGGCUCUCCUGCUGGUGCUGGGACUUCAGACCUGCCACACAAACUGGCUGAGCUCUCUGUUUCAGAAGAUGAAGGAGCAGAGGGUGGAGAAGUCCCAUCAUCCAAAUCCUUGCUGGAAAGUCAAGAGGCAAAAGGAAAAAACAGCAAUUCCUGACACCUAAGAACUGCUGUGUUAAUGAAACUCAUCAACAGACUUCCCAGUUUCCCUGUGUCACCCCUUCUGAAGCGUGGUAGCAACUUUAUCAGCAUAGACAAGAUUUUGCAACACACCUAUACCUAGAUGAAAUUAAUGUGGAACUACUGCUUUUUUUACUGUCGUCCUUCAAAAUCGAUGCUCUACACAUUCAAACGAGAAGAGAACUAAAGAAUGUAGCUCUUGUUUGGGGUUUUCUCAUGGUUAUAGUAUUUAUCCUAACUAAUUUUCUUUGACAGUUCCAAUUAGUAUACAUAGCAGAUGUACUACUAAUGAUUGCUCAAAAAUAAAAAUCCUAUUUCUUAAUUUACAAAAAUAACUUUGUCUCUCCAACACAGAGGUAUAUUCACUCUCCCACCUUAAGAUGCCAUUAAGUGUAUAAUAAAUUAGAGAUAUUAUCUGUAAUUUAAUUCCUGAGUUUUUUCUUCUCAUCAGGCAUAUGUAGAUGAGCGCAAGAAAUAAAAAAAGAAACAAUUUUUUCUCUCCUUCUCUUGUCUCAAAAAGAUUUUGUAAACUAUUUAAACAUCAGUGUUUGUUUUCAAACUCUCUUUAAACUCUAUUUGGCAGAUCUUCUCAGUUAUCCCACUUUUUAACAGUCUUGCCACUUACCUGUCAUUUCUGGUUUUAGGCUGAAUAUUGUAGAUGUUCAGGUGAUCUAAAAUAAAGUACCCAUGUUUGUAAGUGAUUAAAAUUGUUAAAUCUCACUGUGGAAAUUAAAUAGCUAUUAUCUUUUC